ACCCCCGCGUGACGUCACGGGCGCGCAGCCGGAAGCGGCGCACGUGGGGCAGUGGCGGGGCUAUGGCGGCGCGAGAGGAACACGGAGGAGCUGGCGUGCUGUCCGAUGAGGAGAUGCCUGAGCUGUCCGAUGGUGAGGAGGCAUGGGAGGAAGAGGAGGAGGAUGAAGUUGCCACCACUGAGGACCUGAGGACCCGCUGCCUCUUCUGCAACCGAUUGUUUAGUUCUGCUGAAGAUGUGUUCUCCCACUGCAAAACAGAACAUCAGUUUAAUGUCUGUGAUGUGAUCAAGGAACACAGCCUUGAUUUUUAUGGAUACAUUAAACUAAUAAACUUUGUUAGAUUAAAGAAACCAACAGCUGCAUAUUUGAGAUCUCUCAGCAGCCCAGUACCUUGGGAAGGGGAAGAAUUUUUGAAACCAGAGUUAGAAGAUGAUCUUCUGCUUCAAUUUGAUAUAGAAGAUCUUUGUGAACCUGCAAAUGUUUUGCCUUCUAAUGGUUUCGAUGAUACCAUGGUCCUCCUUGAUCGAUUAAAACGUGCAGAACACAGAGCAAGACUUGCAGAAGGAGCCUUGGCUAGAGCACAAGAUGAUCUUCAAAAAAUGAAACAAUUUGCACAGGAUUUUGUGAUGAACACAGAUGUCGGGAGCGGCUCGUCAUCCAGCGCCAUUGCAGACCUUCACGAGGAUGAGGAUGGUGUUUACUUCAGCUCCUAUGGGCAUUAUGGCAUACAUGAAGAGAUGCUAAAGGAUAAAGUGCGUACAGAAAGCUAUCGUGACUUCAUCUAUCAAAACCCACAUAUCUUCAAGGACAAGGUGGUUUUGGAUGUUGGCUGUGGAACUGGAAUACUCUCCAUGUUUGCUGCCAAAGCAGGUGCAAAGAAAGUAAUUGGAGUCGACCAAUCAGAAAUCAUCUAUCAGGCUAUGGACAUCAUUCGAUUAAAUAAACUUGAAAAUACCAUUACGUUAGUCAAAGGAAGAAUUGAGGAAGUAGCUCUGCCUUUGGAAAAAGUGGAUGUAAUUAUAUCUGAAUGGAUGGGUUAUUUCCUUCUCUUUGAGUCGAUGCUCGAUUCUGUCAUCUAUGCAAAGGACAAGUACCUGGCAGAGGGAGGCUCAGUUUAUCCUGACAUUUGCACCAUUAGUCUGGUAGCUGUGGGGGAUAUGAAUAAACAUGCGGACAAGCUACUUUUCUGGGAAGAUGUGUAUGGCUUUGACAUGUCUUGCAUGAAGAAGGCUGUAAUUCCAGAAGCUGUUGUGGAGGUGCUGGAUCCAAACACACUGAUAUCUUCAGCCACUGUCAUUAAGCACAUCGACUGUAAUGCUGCAUCCACUCCAGACUUAGAAUUCUCUUCAGACUUCAUCCUGACCAUUACAACGAGCACAAAGUGUACAGCAGUUGCUGGUUAUUUUGAUAUAUUUUUUGAGAAGAACUGUCACAAUAAGGUCUUAUUUUCUACUGGUCCCCAGUGUACCAAAACACACUGGAAACAGACAGUCUUCCUUCUGGAGAAACCAAUUCCUGUAGAAGCAGGAGAAGACCUGAAAGGAAAGAUAACAGUCCGCAAAAACAGAAAGGAUCCACGGUCCCUCUUUAUAACCCUUUCAGUGAAGGACACACAGCAGACCUACAGCCUUCAGUGAAAAUUCUGUGCAUAUGACUUUGGGAAAUUUCAAAUUUCAGUGUUCUAUUUAACUGUCGAUAACUGUUUCUAAAUAUCCAAAAAUGGUGAACUCGUGCAAUUUUGUAUGCAUAUGCACACACAAGAGUAUGGAAAGUUUACAUAGAACUGAGAGAGUGCUCUUUGGAUGCUUUGCACUGGGCUAUGGAGACUGAUGACAAAAUCAAUUUCUGUUCUGUUCCACACGAUGUGGGGAAGGCUAGAAAGAUGGGUUUGGGUUAUGUGAGACUGAGUGAGAAAAAUCAGAGUAAAAUAUUGCUAUGAGGAACAAUGAAUAUGAUCUCUUCAUAUUGUUUUAUUCUCAAACUGGCGAAAUCCUUGUCCACUUUUUUCUUUUUUAGAAAAGAAGAAGCUAAAUCAUGUCAGUGCAACUCAGCAGUAGCUAGAAAAUCCCAGCUGAAAAAAGUUUGGAAUUCCAACUGUAGGAUUGCAGCAACAAAGCCUUUAUUUUUAUUAUAAUUCUAUAAUUAAAAAUUUGUAUCACACUUCUGUUAGAUUUAUCCAAAUAAAUGAACCG